CAUUUAAUUUUUUUACUAUGGCCGCCGCCGGAAGUGGUACCGAAAAUGAAAACAAAAUAAUCAUUGACAACGACGCAGGAGCUGAUGAUGCACUGGCUAUCUUCAUGACAUUACUAUACGAAAAGUAUUAUGGUGGACCACAACUAAUUGCCUUAACAACAGGAAACGGUAAUACAAUAGAAGACAAUGUGAAUAUUAACAACCAGAAAAUUCUGAAAACUGCUAAGAGGCAAGAUGUACCAAUAUACAGAGGAUCAAAUUCUUCACUAGUCAUUACACCAAUUAUAACAGAUAAUUACUUCGGUGAAGAUGGACUAGGAGACAAUGAUGAGCCGUUAACUGGACUGGUGCCAGCGCAGACGCAGAGCGCUGUCGAAACUCUUUUGGAAUUGUCAAAAAAACAUGAAGGAAAAUUGACUGUGAUUACUAUCGGAGCCCUGACAAAUGUAGCUUUGGCGAUAAAGUUGGACCCUAAGUUUUUGCAACGAUUAUCACAUCUGUAUGUUGGUGCGGGACACGUCGAAAGUGAUAGACAUCCUGAAGCCGAAUUCAAUGCUCAUAUAGACGUUGAAGCGUACCAUAUUAUAACCCAAUAUGCUACUCCGGAUAAAGUUACAGUUGUUCCUUUCUCACAAAUAUAUGCUUAUUUGAACAUAGAUAUGGAUUGGCGAGAAAAUGUAUUUGGGAAAAUCAACACAGAUGUAAUAAACGCUUUUAAUAUAUACGAAAGGGUAUCUUUGCAUAAGGAAGAAUCGUGGGUUAUGCUCGACCCGGCUGUAAUAGCGAUAGCGUUAAGUAAUAUACCUUUGGAAGACGGGAGAGAACCUGAUUUUGUAAUGGACUACAAGUUUUCGAGGAAUGAUAUUAUUUUAUGUGGUGAAAAGCGGGGAAUAAACAUAAAUAGUUUUGUAGAAAAAGAAAACGCAAACGUGAGACUGGCUUAUAGUUUCGAUUUAGAAAAAUACAAAACGUUUCUAAUGGAGGUAUUUACAGCGGAAUUAAAAUGUUCUUAG